AUGACAUUCCUUUCGAAAGCCCUCGCGGAGAUCGCUCAACGGUCAGGAUCGCUCAAUCAGAUGCCAAAACGCAGCGAGUCGUGCAACUCCUUCUUCACGGGAAGCCAAUCUCCAAGAUCAGCCGCCUUUUCCGGUUCUUUUCUUCCACGCACGAAAUCGCGAAGAGAGGACGGCGUAGGCCGCGUGAUCAUGUGGAUCGUCCUUGCGUUCCAGUCGAAACGCAUUCUUUCGUUCCUCGUGCUGCCGCUUCUCGCGUGCCUGCUCGUCUGGGGCUUGCUGCGCCGAAGCGGAUCUGAGAACGGGAGGUGGCCGGCCGUGGAACGGCAGCCGUGGCGAGCGGAGAUUGUCGUCGAGUCUUCGCCGUCGUCGUUGUUACCGUCGCAAGCGUCACACGGUGGCUUGGCAGCAGCGAGUGAGAAAAUGGUCAGAGAGCCUUCCAAAGCGACCGUAUCACGUGUGGAGGAGGGCAGUGAAGGGGUACCGUUGUCCGAUGCAGGGAAAAAAGAGCAAGAGAAAGUGGUUGAGCGUUUGCGAGAGGCGACCGGCGACGGCGACGACGGGUUACCUGAUCGUGGGCAACGUAAAAAGGAAGCGGGAGAUGGGGUGGACGGCUCAAAUGGGGAGAGAACGGCGGACAGCAACGGGGAGAUGGGAAAAGAGGACGGCGAUGGAGGCAAGGGGGAGAGCAGGGGUGAGGGUAACGGGGAAGGGAGCGAUGGACUGAAAGUGGGGACUGAUGUGAAGGAUGAGGGGAUGAGAGAGAAAGGGGACGGAGAUGGUCAGGGCGAGGAAAAACUUUCUGAGGCAACUCAGAUGUCAUCGGAGGGGCGGCAGGAUGAGAAUGUGGUGGUGGAGAGUGAGGGAGGGAGCCGAGGCGUAGGAGAGAAAGGGGAAGAGGAGAGGAAAGAGGAGAAGAGAGGGAUCGAGGUGGAGGAGGUGGAGAAGAAAGAGGGGAAGAGGGAGGAGGAGGAGAAGGAGAAGGAGAAGGAGAAGGAGAAGAAGGGGAAGGAGGAGGAGGAGACGGAGAAGAAGAUGAAGGGGAAAGAGAAGGAGGAGAAGGAGAAGGGGAAGGGGAAGGGGAAGAAGAAGGGAAAGAAGCGUCAGCAGUACGAGGAGGUCAAAGAGAAAGUCCAUCUUGACGUCCCCGCGGACUGCGACCUGUACCACGGCACGUGGCAGCCAGACUUAGAACCGCCGCUCUACACCAACAACACGUGCGCCGCCAUCUCGCAGCACCAGAACUGCCAGGGCAACGGGCGGCCGGACAGUGGGUACGAGCGGUGGCGGUGGCGGCCGGGGGGGAGGGAGGAGUGCGGGGCGCUGCCGCGGUUUGAUGCGGUGGAGUUCAUGCACGUGAUGCGAGGGAAGAGCGUGCUAUUCGUUGGGGACUCUGUGGCAAGGAAUCACAUGGAAUCCCUGAUCUGCCUGCUGAGCCAGGUGGAAACCCCCCACCUGCGGGGCAGCAAGAGUCUGAUCCGAAUGGUCUUCCCGCGCGCCAAGCUCACCAUAGCACGCAUCUGGUCCGCCUGGCUCGUCCACGAGUCCCCCGACCCUCCCCCCUCCGCGCUGCCCUCCGCCCCUGCGGACCUUCCGCGCCUGCACCUGGACAGGACGGGGGAGAAGUGGUGGGGGGGUGUAGAGCGGUACGAUGUGGUGGUGCUGUGCACUGGGCACUGGUUUGUUAAGCCUGCUCUGUUUGUUGUGGGGGGACGCGUGGUUGGGUCGCAGGGCGGGUGGUGGGAAGCGCAUGGGAAGGAGUUGGAAGGGGUGGGAGGAGGGGAGAGUGGCGAGGAGACGAGAGGAGGAGCAGGAGGAGGAGAGGGAGGAAGAGCAGGAGGGGGAGGAGGAGGAGAUGGAAGUGGGAAAGAGAGUGGUUCUGAAGGCAGUUCGGGGCAGCUGGAAAGGAAGGGAGGUGAGAGUAGUGGGCAGGAACAGCAGGGGGAGCAGCGGAGACGGUUGGAGGGAAGGGUAGUGGCUGAUGAUACAAAGCUUGUAGAGAACACGUACAGAGCAGCCAGGAGCAGCAGAUGGGUGACGGAUACACAGAAGGAUCUACAGAAGGAUACACGGAAGGAUACACAGGUUCCAGUGAACAAUACUGCUGCUUUCUCAAUUGCCAUUCGGACCGUCUUUGCUGACGUGGCGGCUGCUGUCAAGGCGAACCCGAAGCAGCUGUUUGUCUUCCGAACCUACUCCCCGGACCACUACGAGGGCGGGCAGUGGAACACCGGAGGCUCGUGCGCAGGCCUGGCCGAGCCUCGCGGCAGCGGCUACACCUACGAGAACACGUACGGGAACGCAAUUUAUAACGAGCAGAAGGCAGCUUAUAACAAGGCUAUGGAGGGCCUGGGAGAAGACUACAAGUGGCGGUUUGGCCUGAUGGACAUAAUGCCGAGUGCGGGGUUGAGAGUUGAUGGGCAUCCAGGGCCAUAUAGAAGGUUGAACAGUGUUGCCGAGCUGGAGAAGCGCAGGGAGGAGGAUAAGGAGGCCAAGUAUCCCCCCCCGCAGGACUGCCUGCACUGGUGCCUGCCCGGGCCUAUAGACUCGUGGAAUGUGUUUCUGCUGCAGCUGAUCAAACGGAAGAGAGUCAUGGGGCAGGCAGGGGCGUAG